AUGAUUCUCGCUGCGCUGACGUGGGGCAAGAGUUGGAUUUUGGGCAUGGCGGGGGGCCUGUUGCCUAGCGGGCUUGUGCAUGGAGGUCUCCCUCUCUGCUCGACUGAACAAAUUGCAAAACAUGUAGACUUAUAUACUUUAAGCUUGAGAGUAGUACUGGAUAAUUGUACUGCCAACGAAGAGAGUGAUGUUAUUGUGCAUCCAAUUCUUGUGGAUGAAAAAAUGGAGGAGAUGACGAGAGAGGAGAAGAGAGGUGGACGCGAGGAAGACGGAGGAGAGGAGAAAUAA